AUGUUCUUUGGAGUUGUUGUUUAUGUUGAUGACAUGAUGACUGCCACAAAUAGACUAGACUUGAUAGAGAAAUUCAAGGAUUUCUUAUCUGAGUUCUUCAAAUACAAGGAUUUAGGAGCACCAAAAUAUUUCCUUGGUCUUGAGAUAGCAAGAAACAAAGAGGGAAUUCUGAUAUCCCAAAGAAAGUAUGCUAUGGAUCUAAUUAGAGAUGCAGGCUUGUUGGGAUGCAAACCAUCUUCGGUUCCUAUGGAUCCAAUCAACCAUCUGAAGCAAGAUACUGGAAAUCUUAUGAAAGAGCCAUCUAAAUAUAGGAGACAAAUUGGAAGGAUGCUCUAUCUAUGCAUAACAAGGCCUGACAUAACGUUUGUAGUCCACAAACUUAGUCAAUAUGUCUCUAACCGUGUGAUGAACAUUGGGAAGCCACUGAGAAAGUGCUUAGAUACUUGA